AUGUUUAUUUCAUUGCUUACUAUUGAUCAAGAACAACAAAGUAAUAAUGAAAAUUAUUCUCAAUCAUCUCAUAAUACAACUGAACAUCAUCAAUUGGAUAAUCCUACAUCAACAAUUAUUAUAGAUAAAGAAUCAAGUUCAAGUCGAAAAACAUUAUCAAAUGAAGAUGAUACACGUGAAACAUGGACAACUAAUUUUGAUUAUUUAAUUACAACACUUGGUGGUCUUAUUGGACUUGGUAGUCUCUAUCGAUUUCCAUAUUUGGCAUUUGAGAAUGGUGGUGCUGCUUUUGUUUUUCCCUAUGUACUUAUUUGUAUCUUAUGUGGUAUACCAUUACUCAUGAUGGAAACAGCUCUUGGUCAAUUUUCACGUAAAGGUCCAGUUGGUUGUUGGGAUUUUGCACCAGCUAUGCGUGGUAUUGGUAUUGCUUCUGUUAUAAUUUCAUUUUUUGGUGCUCUUUAUUAUGUUAUGAUUAUGGUAUGGGGUGGACUUUAUCUUGUUCAUUCAUUCGGUUCUAUUGGUUCUCGAUUACCAUGGAGUGAUGAUGGAGAUUUAUUAAUCAAAAAUAAUAAAACAGAAUUAGUUAAUUCAGUUCAACAAUUUUGGAAUAAAACAAUUUUAAAUAUAUCAGAAGAUUUAGAUGGUUUAUCAACAUUACAUUGGCCAAAUGUUGUUGUUUUAGCUGUUAUGUGGAUAAUUAUAUAUUUAUGUCUUUGGAAAGGUAUUAAAUUAACAAGUCGUGUAGCUGUAUUUACAGCUUUAUUUCCUUAUUUACCAAUGUUAGCAUUAUUUAUUCGUGGAAUUACUCUUGAUGGAGCUUGGAAUGGUUUAAAAUAUUAUUUAAUACCUGAUGCACAACGAUUAUUAAAUAAAAAAGCUUGGAUACAAGCUGCAGGACAUGUUCUUUGGGCAUAUGGUAUAGGUUGGGGAAUUAUUCCAGCUUUAUCAAGUUAUAAUCGUCCUGAUUAUAACUUUUAUCGUGAUAUUGUUGUAACUGGAACAACAAGUAUAUUAACAAAUGUAUUUAGUGGUUUUGUAGUUUUUCCUAUAUUGGGUUUUAUGAGUCAUAAAGCAAAUGUAUCUAUUGAACAAGUUGUAUCUAGUGGACCUGGUUUAGCAUUUAUUGUUUAUCCAAAAGCUAUUAGUCUUAUGCCAUUACCACAUUUUUGGGCAAUAACUUUUUUUAUUAUGAUUUUUUUACUUGGUAUUGAUUCACAAUUUGUUACAUGUGAAAGUGUACUUACAGCAACACUUGAUAAACUUGAUCAAUGGUAUGAUCAAUAUCCAAAACGACGAAAAAUUCGUCGUGAAUUUGUUGUUGCUAUUUAUGCUCUUAUAUCAUUUUCUUUUGGUCUUUUGAUGACAACUCGAGCUGGUUUUUAUAUAUUUAAUAUAUUUGAUAGCUAUAUUUGUGGUGCUAUACCUUUAUUACUUAUUUGUAUUGUAGAAUUAACUACAGUUCUUUUUGCAUAUCGUACAACAUUUUCAUCAUGGUAUGAAAAAUGGCCACCAACAAAAUGGCCUGGUCAAACAUUUAUUACACAUAUCAGUGAAGUUUUAAAACGUCCAUUAACACACGUUUGGCUCUGUUGGAUAAUUGUUGUACCUAUAUGGCUUUUUGGUAUGUUGGCCAUUGCUACGCGUACAAUUGGUCUGAUUUCAUAUGAAACAUUUAUUUAUCCAUUAUCAUUUCAAAUAAUUGGUUAUAUAUUAGCAUCCAUGGCUCCAUUGAGCAUUUUUAUCUAUUUUAUUUAUUAUCAGUGGAAAUUAAACAGAUAA